CCUCUAUUCUUUUCCGUUAUCCCUCUUCUAAACCUCUGACCCAAAAAAUGCAGCACAAACAAUGAAGCCAUACAAACUUCCCUCACCGUCACUCUCACGUGUGCUUGCACGUGCCCUAUCCCCCGCCACCCCCACCACCCCCACGCAAUGCGAUUCGGCAUUUCCUUUGAAGACGGUGACCACCGCAAACUUCGAACCGUCGCUGGCGGAGCUCCGGCGCCACGUCCGGUCGUCGGACUUCGUGGCCAUCGACCUCGAGAUGAGCGGCAUCACCAGCGCUCCCUGGCGUGAGUCCUUCGAGUUUGACCGCUCCGACGUGCGCUACCUCAAAGUCCGAGACUCCGCCACCAAGUUCGCCAUUGUUCAAUUCGGCGUUUGCCCCUUCCGUUGGGAUUCCUCAAAUCACUCCUUUGUCGCGUAUCCGCACAGUUUCUAUGUUUUUCCUCGACAGGAGCAUGCAGGUCUGGGUCCGUGCGAUGAAUUUCUCUGGCAGACUACUUCGAUGGAUUUCUUGGCUAAAUACCAGUUUGAUUUUAAUGCUUGCAUACACGAAGGAAUAUCUUAUUUAUCCAGAGAACAAGAAAGGGAAGCCUUAAGGAGUUUGAAUUCUGCACAUGAUAGUGAGUGGUCAGACAUUUAUAAAUUAAAAGAUGUCAGGGACAUGCCGUUGCUUAGUGCAGCAGACAUUUUGUUCACUGCACGAAUGAAAAACAAAUUCCGUGGAUGGCGUGAUGGGUUAUUACAUGAGCAAAAUCUAGAAGACCAGAUUCAAGGAAUUACAGGGGACUCAAAAUUUCAAGAGAUUUUUUUUGAGAUGCAUCCGGCUCUUAGCCUUAAUGGAUUCACCUCUCACCAGCUUAAAUUGAUUCAGUCGGUCAUCAGAAAACAAUUCAAAGAUCUUUCUUAUAUCAGUGUAAACAGUGAGGCUUCCGGUUUACAGCAUUUAGUUGUGUAUACAGACUCAAAGGAUGAGUUAAACUUACUUCUGAAAAAAGUGAAAGAAGAAAAUCUCGGCGUAGAAAAGAUGAAAAUUCAAGGUGCUGUAGGACUUCGCCACGUUAUUGAUCUCCUUUCAUCGGAACAGAAGUUGAUUGUUGGUCACAAUUGUUUUCUAGAUAUUGCUCAUGUCUACAGCAAAUUUAUAGGCCCUCUUCCUGGUACUCCUGAAGAGUUUGUUACCUCAGUUAACAAGUGCUUUCCGCACAUUGUUGACACCAAGAUACUUCUGAACACUAAUUUUAUGCUCCAGGAAAAGAUGAAAAGAUCCAGAAAAUCACUGGCAGCUGCAUUCACUUCAUUUUGCCCACAAAUUGCAGCUGGCUCAAGAACCAGUUAUCUAGGUUCACUCUCACAUGUGAAAGUGGACGUUGAAGUUGAUGAUGUGAGAUCAUCCAGCUGGAACCCUGGAGGCAAGCAUGCGGCAGGAUAUGAUGCCUUCAUGACUGGAUGCAUCUUUGCCCAGUUAUGCAGUGAUUUAGGUAUUGAUUACAAACUCCACGAUUCUUCAAAACAAUUAGCCCUUGACGAGAAACUACAGAAAUAUGUUAAUCGUUUAUAUCUUAGUUGGAUGCAUGGGGACAUUAUUGAUCUAAGUACUGGUAAUAAGGUUGCGGAUUCUUCACCCAGCCAUAGCCUCAGGAAGCGGUACCCAACAAUUUUGUUUGAGAACAUUGUUAUUAUUUGGGGAUUUCCUUCUACGCUGAAGGCAAUUGAAGUAAGAGAGUGCAUAUCUAAAGUAUUUGGACCAACUUCUAUAGUUUCUGUCUUCCACCUGGAUGCAACUGCAGUAUUCGUUCAGUUUAGCAAAACAGAACUAGUUUCUGAUUUUCUUUUAUUGAAGAACACCUUAGAGAGAAGUGAUGGUGCACUAUUGGUUUUGCAUCCACUGUCAAAACUUUUGGAAGGUGGAAAUACAUGUGCUGUUAAUUAUGGUACUUAUAAAGAAAUUUGUGGCUCACCCUUAUCAGAAUGUCUGUUUGCUGAUCAGGCAAAGGCAGUUGGUAUAAAGUGGAAGACCAAAUUGCCAGAAAAGGUAGUAUUGGGGGCCGAAGAACAUGAAAAUUCAAGUGUAAGAGGUAAUGUAAAUAUUGCUAUGGAGGAUGUGGAAAGGACCAAGCAGAACACAAUUGAUGAAUUGCGAAAUGCUCCAUCUCGGAGACAAGUCUCCCCAUAUGGGGAUGAAGAUUCUUGUGUUGCAGAAGCCAACUUGUGAUUUCUGGCUAAUGACUUCUUGUACAAGGUCAGGAUGAAGAUAUAAUAUUAUAUCUAAUUAAACUUUUACAUAGCAACCUAUACUGGGCUAGUAUUGUAUCAUCAAAAAAAUGUAACCAUUUUUGACUGUUACAGGAUCAUGAAUAUUUGAUUAAACUCACAAAUUUUCUUAUAUAGUUUUUCAUCUAUGAAAAUUCUAUACUUUUUUAACCCA